UUCAUUCGGCUUCAAUUCAUUCGUCCCUAUCAUUCAUCAGUUUACGUUUGAUUAAAAAAGCUUCUCAUUGUAACGUACAAAAUGGAUCGGAAUAUUUACGUUUUUUACACUUUACUAUUGUAUUUCACUUGUAAUGUAUCAGCCCAACGGACACCAACAAUCUCGCACAUCACACAAGAGCAGAUCAGGGAUAUCGGAGGCCAGGUAGACCUGGAAUGUUCCGUGCAUUAUGCUCAAGAGUUUCCUGUUGUCUGGACCAAGCGCGAUCGUUUGAAGACGAUCGAAUCGAUACCCCUGUCGACCAACGCCGGGCUCAUCAUCAAGGACUCUAGAUUCUCGCUGCGCCACGACGAGGCAACGGCCACGUUUACGCUCUCCAUCAGGGAUAUUCAAGAGAACGACGCUGGCUGGUAUCAGUGCCAAGUGCUGAUGUCCAUAAGCAACAAGAUCGCCGCUGAAGUGGAGCUCCAGGUCAGGAGGCCUCCCAUCAUAUCGGACAAUUCCACCAGGUCAAUCGUCGCUAGCGAAGGGGAAAGUGUUCAAAUGGAAUGCUACGCUGGUGGCUUCCCGCCCCCGAAGAUAUCCUGGCGCCGCGAGAACAACGCCAUCCUGCCGACGGGCGGCUCCAUCUACAGGGGCAACGUGCUGAAGAUAAGCGCCGUACACAAGGAGGACCGCGGCACUUAUUACUGCGUGGCGGACAAUGGCGUCGGCAAGGGCGCCCGCCGCAACAUCAACCUCGAGGUGGAAUUCGCGCCCGUCAUCUCCGUGCCCCGCCCGCGCCUCUCCCAGGCCCUCCAAUACGACAUGGACCUGGAGUGCCACGUGGAGGCCUACCCGCCGCCCGCCAUCACCUGGCUGAAAGACGGCAUCCAGCUGUCGAACAACCAACAUUAUAGGAUCUCGCAUUUCGCAACGGCGGACGAGUUCACAGACACCACGAUCAGGGUUAUCACGAUCGAGAAGCGACAGUACGGGCUGUUCACGUGCAAAGCUCAGAAUAAGCUGGGCACAGCGGAAGGGAACGUCGAGCUCACAGAAUCAAUUAUACCCGUGUGCCCUCCCGCCUGCGGCCAGGCGCGGUACGGAGGCGCCGCGGCCGUGGCGCCCUCUAUAGGGACUGUCCUUGCUUUGUUGGGGCUGUACGUGGGAAUGGCUUUUAGAAGAAUCACCAAUACCAAACAUUAACUACCCGGGUUUGAGACCAGACCCGCUUGUAUACGGAGAUCCGAAUGCGGCAACUAAACUACUGGAACAUAUCUCUAUAACGUCACUGAUUUUCAUAGUAUACAUGUUUACAAGGUAAUGAAGAUAUAUCUCAAUAUAAAAAUGAAAAGAAACUUGCUUCUCUUCUUGUAACUUAUUUGUUGCGAGAGGAUAAUUCUAAGGAAGACACGAAUGGUUUUUUUUCCCCUGAUGAUUUAUUAUUAUAAAAGUACGUAGAUUAUAAGUCGAUUAGUGUUUUAUCAUUAGAAUAUCGUCCACGUAUAGAUGAAGGGUUUCUUCAGUUCUUUUUUUUUUCAACUCCAGUACCGAAGUUUCUUUAUAUGACGUCAUUUGACGUCAUGACGUCACAACCGGACUGAUUGUGCGUAUAUAAAUUAUAUAUAGAGUAACUCCACAAAUCGAUCACUCGACUGUUACAAAGGCCCUCCGAAGACAGUACGACAGUAAUCAUAACGAUACAAACACAUGUGUCGAUGUUUUAGAAUUUCGCGAACCCGCAAUGGAAAACGAAGUGGCUUAACAGCUGAUAUCGAAUCGUCUUACAUUGCGUGCAUUAUAAUAACGUAUCUUUUUUUAUCGAUAUGUUAGAAUUUCGCGAGCCCGCAAUGGAAAACGAAGUGAGUUAACAGCUGAUAUCGAAUUGACUUACAUUGCGUGCAUUAUAAUAACGUAUCUCUUAUAUCGAUGUGUACGAAUUCCGCGAGCCCGCAAUGGAAAACGAAGUGGGUUAACAACUGAUAUCUUUUGUAUCGAUGGUUUGAAUUUCGCGAACCCGCAAUGGAAAACGAAGUAGGUUAUCAACUGAUACCGAAUUGUAUUACAUUGCGUGCACUAUAAUAACGUAUUCAUUUUUUUUUAAUACACUACCCACUUGCCUUGUAUUUUUUGGUAGCAAUCCAAAGUGUCCUAUUCUUUCACGUGUAUCUCUGACAGCUUUAUAGCAGCACCCUAGAACACUGCUAAAGAUAUUCGACGCUUGAAAGGCAAACGUGACUAAGCGACAAUGCGUGAACUUUACAGUAGACUAAUCUAAAGUUGAAAUACCUGAAAUCAAAAUUUAUUUU